UCUCUCUCUCUCUCGUGCGCCGCCACCGCCGCUGCCCAGCCCAGCUAUUUAUUUAUCACCAGGAGUCCAGAGCCACCUGCCCCCAACCAAGAAAAACACCAAAGGGUGAGCCAAGGGCCGCUGCCUCCGCCCACCAACCGCCGACGCCCCCUCAACCCCGCCCCCUCGGGCCGCGCUUCGCCGCCGCCGCUCCCCUACUUCAUCGGCGCCCUGCUGCUGUCUACGCCCCGUCCCACUCCCUGCCGACUGAUUGGGUCUCCUUCCUUCCUUCCAGUUGGACAUGCCAUCAGCUGUUACCAUGACUUCAGUCAGUGCUCAGGCCGCUUUGGUUUCAAGGCCAAGGAGCCAUGGCAUCACAAGUUACGGUGUCUUAAAGGCGUCGUCUUCAUCAGUUAACUUCGAAUUGGGAUCCUCAUUCCUGGGCAAGACCACAUCUCUUCGGGCAUCUGUUACCACAAGGGUUGUGCCAAAGGCAAAGUCUGCGGCUCAGAUACUACCUGAGGCAUCUUACAAAGUGGCAGUACUUGGUGCUGCUGGGGGCAUCGGGCAGCCAUUGGGCCUGUUAAUCAAGAUGUCUCCUCUGGUCUCAGAACUGCGCCUGUAUGAUAUUGCGAAUGUCAAGGGAGUCGCUGCCGAUCUCAGCCACUGCAACACACCUUCUCAGGUCAUGGACUUUACUGGCCCUGCAGAAUUAGCCAACUGCUUGAAAGGUGUGGAUGUUGUUGUCAUCCCUGCUGGGGUCCCAAGAAAGCCAGGCAUGACUCGUGAUGACCUGUUCAACAUCAACGCGGGCAUCGUCAAGUCGCUUAUUGAGGCUGUUGCAGACAAUUGCCCUGAGGCCUUUAUCCAUAUUAUCAGCAACCCAGUCAACUCCACAGUGCCGAUUGCUGCUGAGAUUCUGAAACAGAAGGGUGUCUACAACCCCAAGAAGCUUUUCGGAGUUUCCACCCUAGAUGUUGUCAGAGCUAACACAUUUGUAGCUCAGAAGAAGGACCUCAAGCUCAUUGACGUUGAUGUCCCAGUUGUUGGUGGUCAUGCUGGAAUUACAAUCCUACCUCUGUUGUCCAAGACUAGGCCAUCUGUCACCUUCACGGAUGAGGAAACCGAAGAGCUGACAAAGAGGAUACAGAAUGCAGGGACAGAGGUGGUGGAGGCGAAAGCCGGUGCUGGAUCUGCUACCCUGUCCAUGGCAUAUGCCGCCGCCAGAUUUGUCGAGUCAUCACUCCGUGCACUGGCUGGUGAUCCAGAUGUUUACGAGUGCACGUAUGUCCAGUCCGAGCUAACUGAGCUGCCAUUCUUUGCGUCCAGAGUUAAGAUUGGGAAGAAUGGUGUCGAGUCCAUCAUCUCUUCCGACCUGGAGGGAGUGACCGAUUACGAGGCCAAGGCACUCGAGGCGUUGAAGCCUGAGCUGAAGGCCAGCAUCGAGAAGGGCAUCGAGUUUGCGCACAAGCAGCAGGGAGCUGCCGCGUCCGUUUGAGGUAAAGGAGAACGAUAACUGCGUACGAAGAGAAUAAUAAAGGCAAAAUGAUUGUCCCUGUCUUAAGUUUUGCAGCCUAGAGUGUUUACAUCAUGUAGGAAGGAGUAUGCCCUGGAGCAGCUAUAUUUCUCAGUUGUCGGUCAAUUUCUUAUGAUUCUAGAUUGCAUAUGGGCGUGAAGCCCCGAACUCGCUCCCUGCUCCGGGGCCUUGUUUUGUUUGACACAUUACACCUGCUGCUCUUGUAGCUUCCGAAGUUGACAAACCGUGGAAUAAUAAUAAAGGCAUUUCUUUGAUA